GCAUGUUUGGUUCUGCAACGUGUAAUAAUUGAAAUAUUAUAUUUUUAUUUUUAAAAGACACUUUCAAUUCAAAAUUCGUCUUCAUUACCAACAUGCGUAUACUCGGGGCGCUAGCGAUAUCUGUUUGGGCAGUGGCAGCGGCAAGCUCUUCUCAGGUCAAGCUGAAUCAGGCACAGAUCAAACUGGACACUGAGCUCCAGUGGGGCACUUACCGGCCUAACUUGUACUUUGGCACGCGGCCGCGGCUGCCCGACUCUUUGCUCAGCGGGCUCAUGUGGUUUGGUCUAGACGACCAGCGCAACUGGCAGAGUAUCCGGCACUCUUGCGAGCUGGGGGACAACCUGGGCGAGUACGGCUACUCACGACACAACGGGCGGGACUUUGGCGAGCAAACCAUGCGUGACGGCGACCAGGGCGUUGAGAUAAAGUCCGAGUUUGUUAAGAAGGUGGGGGAGAAUGGUGGCAGUUGGGCCGUGCGCUUCACUGGGAGAACGCUGAACGAGUACACACAGGGUGUCGCCCUGAUGUACUACUUUGGGCUGGAGGGCAAUGGCACCAUGUCCAUGAAGAUCGACGAGGGUGUGGCCAAAAUGACGGGCAAGACUGACGAUUUGGGCCGCUUUAACAUUCGCAUAGUGCCUUCGGCCGACAACGAGCACCCGCCAGUACCCAGCUCAUUGCGGAAUAUCCCAGGAAUCUUGACCGGCCAAAGAAUCAGCGGCAUUGCCAUCAAGGCGCCGAAGUCUGAUAUCUGGCGUGCCAAGGAUUUAUUCCAAAAGGAGCUCCUCACAUCAGCACGAGCUAAGGCCAGUGCCAUCAUCAAGCACACAGGCAGCAACAACCUGUCGGCAGGAAGCCUGCUAUUUGGACUAGAUAAUGCAGGUCUAGACAAGCGCGGCAAGAACCUCUUUUUCACACAAAUGAUGGUUCAUGGCGAGUUUUCGUUUGACGUCAUAUACGAAUGCACCGACAAGAGCGCGCAAAUUGACGGCAAUGACAUUGCGGAUAUCGCUAGCGAGCGGCGCGAGGCAUUUGAUCGCCGGUUUGAGGCCACUUUCGGGCUGCGCGAAAAAGGAUUUGACGAGGACCACAUUGAAAUGGCGCGCAAUGCACUGAGCAGCCUUGUGGGUGGCAUUGGCUUCUUCCACGGCAGCAGCCUCGUGUCCAAUGAGUCCAAGCCCGAGUAUGGCGAAGGCGAUAGCAUGGACAAGCCGCAGCUCAGCAAACCUUAUUCGCUGUUUACAGCUACUCCGUCGCGGCCAUUCUUUCCGCGUGGUUUUCUUUGGGACGAGGGAUUCCACCAGCUGGUACUUGGGCAGUGGGACAGCGGUAUCAGUAUGGAGAUCAUUCGCAGCUGGUUCAACACCAUGGACUCGAACGGCUGGAUUGCACGCGAGCAGAUUUUAGGAGAAGAGGCACGUAGCAAGGUUCCUGAGGAGUUCCAGGUCCAGUACCCAAACUUUGCCAACCCGCCGACGCUGCUAUUUGCCAUCGAAAAAAUAGCCGAUUUGUACAGAUUCAAGGGAGCGGCAAAUGUCGGAAACUAUUUCGACUAUCUUGAGGGCAGCGACGAUAAUGAGACGACGAUAAGCAACAGUAUUGAUGGUCCGGAUACUAUGCGCCAGAGCUUGCCUGAGCUUGCGCAGUACUCAUCGCGGCUGCUCAAUUAUUUCCAGACUACGCAGGCUGGCAGCAGGCCUAUGCCAGAAAACGAGGAGGACGCAUCCCCGGCCGUGCGUGGCUACAGAUGGCAGGGACGCACGAUGGACCACACGCUGACUUCGGGCAUUGACGACUACCCGCGCGCUCGCCCGCCGAGCACCAACGAGCUGCAUGUCGAUCUGUUUGCUUGGAUCACUUACAUGGUGUCGAUCAAUGCUAAGCUGGAGUCCAUUGUAGAUGGCAGGACCUCUGUGAGUGCCAGCCAGCCAUCUGAGAUAGACGCUCAGCUGGAGAGCCAUAUCCGUAUUCUGGACGAGAUUCACUGGAAUGAGAAUAAGAAGAUGUACUGCGACGUGACUGCAAAAGUUCGCGAGGACUAUGAUGAGCUCGAGGAUGACGAGGAGACCGCACAUGUGCGCGUGUUUGUUUGCCACAAGGGCUACAUCAGCCUGUUCCCCAUGCUUCUUGGGCUUGUUCCGCCAGAGUCCGAGAAGCUGGGGCAUAUCCUCGACAUGAUUGAGAACCCGAAAGAGUUGUGGACGGAUUACGGCUUGCGCUCGUUGUCCAAGAGCGACAAGUCUUACGGCAAGGGCGAGAACUACUGGCGUGGCCCAAUCUGGCUCAACAUCAACUACCUCGUACUUUCAUCCUUGAAUCGGAACUACGUGUCAGUUAGCGGCCCGCACCAGCAGCAGGCCCAGCGCAUCUACUCGAGCCUUAGGAGCAAUCUGAUUACCAACGUGUUUUCCCAGUAUCAGAGCACGCGCUUCUUCUGGGAGCAGUACAAUCCUAAGGACGGCAGCGGGCAGGGUACCCACCCGUUCACUGGCUGGACAACGCUGAUUCUGCCGAUUAUGGCGGAGAGCUACUAAACAAACACAUCUUUUCGAUAUCUUUGUUGGUUGCAACAACUUGCAUAUGGGUUUUCAUGUGCCAGUGAGAGUUUUUCUGCCCCUUGAGAUUAAUUGGGUUCACAUAUAAAACUUUUAAUGGAAAAAUUGAAAUAUUAG